AUGCGAGGGGCACGGCGGGGACUGCCGGGCGGGCACUGGCCCAGCUGGGCACCGAGUCGUGCGCCUAGGGACGGCGAGGCCGAAGCGCCCCACGCGAGGGCCGGGCGCCGCUCCCUUGCCGCUGCCCAGAGAGCCGGGCAGCGGCCCAGCGGAGGAGGCGGCCGCCAGCCGGAGGCGCGCUGCUGCCCCUUACCCCGGCCCAUUUACACCGUCCCCGCCGGCCUCAACCACGAGAGCGCGAACAGCGCGGCCACGCACGCUCGCACCCCGGCAGCAGGCGGAACAGGCGGGGCCCGCGGGGACGCCCAGAGAGGAAAGGUCACGCCGAAGGAGGGGGAGCCUCGUGCUCGCACGGGCGUUGAGGGAGGCUCUAGCGGCGGUGGAGGCGUCAGGCGCUGGCUCGCCCUCGCCCAGCCCGUGUCUGGGGCGCGCACGGUUCGGCUCCCGCCCUGGGCAGCUGGGCCUGUCACGGGCUCCAGCCGGAGCGGCUCGCCCCCCUGCUCCGGCCCCUCUCUAACGUUACCUAUUAAGCGUUUCCUGCAGCCCCGUGCGUGGCCAGAGACAGACGCCUCCCUGCCCCUCCAGCCGCAGAGCUCUCACGGCAAUAAAAACUACUUCCGUACGGGGACGGCAGCUGGCCUCCGAGAGCGAGCACCGAGGCAAGGGGAAAUUACUCCCAAUUCACAGUGCCGCAGAGACCCCAACUCCUCAAGCACUUUCCACAGAAAAUUCCUACUGAAGCCAAUUUGUGCUCUCAAAUUGUCCCAGCUUCUUGAGAUCAGCCUAAACCUUAAGGGUAUGUCUACACUGCCAUGUAAGAUCAGAGUUAGUGGAACUCAAGUCCAUGGACCCUGGGUUUGCAAGCCUAAGGCUUGAAUGUACACAGUGCACAUGCACCCUCAGUUUAGAAUUUCAGGACUCAGGCCCAAAUCCAGGGCUCCAAUGUCUACACUGCAGUAUGCAGAUUCAAGUCAAACCGGCAUAACCCAGGCUUUCUAGUGCUCUCCCCAGCUGUGACCACUCUGGUUUGAGAUGGAGUGUGGGGAAACUGAGUGCCCACUUCAUGCGUUACAGGAAAUUAUCGCAGCUCACCAACACUUCUUGUUGAGACGUCUUUUAGAUCUGCGUGCUCCCAGCAACAAAAGCCAGCCACAUGAAGGAGUCACCAUUUCAAGAGCUUCUCUUGCUUGCUUUCACUCCUGUUUCUGCUAACAGAUAGAGCAUCCAUAAGACGCUGGUGGACAUUCUGACAGUGUUUUCUGAGCUAACAAAGGUGCCUGGUGGAAAAAGGGGACAACAUGGACAUGAAAGAAUUGAACUGGCUGAUGCUGCUUGUGACUCUUGGUAUAGCUGCUGAUGCCCUCGACCAACACUUCUGGAGCAGGGCCACAAGCACAGACUGGCGGGAUUCCAUCACCAGGGAUGACCAGCAAUGAGUCCAGCACUUUUACAUGAAGAAAGUUACAUUUCUGGAGCUUGUUAGCGGCUUGUCCCAAACCUUCAGUGUCAGGACAGACAAAUGAGGGCAGCCAUACUGGUCCAGAAACAGGUUGCUAUAACCAUCUGGAAACUGGCUAUCCCAAACUGUUACACGUCUAUUGCCAACCAUUCAAUGUUGGAAUGUUGCCAACCAUGUGUUAAGUGGUCGCAGAGGUUUUUGAGGCAAUCAGGUAUGUGAUUUAUCCAAAGGUAGUGGGCAUAAACAAGAUCCCUGAAGUAACUGCUAGUUUUGAGAGAAUGGGAUUUCCAAAAUGCAUAGGGGCCAUAUAUCCAAAUCACGUGGCCAUAAUUCAUCCUCCCCAAAAAGUACUAGCACGUAAAUCACAACGGGUACUACUCUAUUAUUAUGAAGGCCCUUGUAUGUGCCAACAUGGGCUGCACUGGAAAGGUUUGUGAUGCCAGGGUUUUCCACCCAUAGGAGUCUACAUUAAUGGACAGGUUGGGACACUAUACCCACUGGAUGGCAUUGUCAUAAAUGGAGUAACCGUCCCCAGUGUUAUCCUCGGGGACCCCAAAUACCCCCUUUUGCCUUGGCUUAUGAAACUAUCCUGAUCUUAGCCUGGUAAAAAGGUUUAAUUACAUCUCAGCAGGUGCAGAAUGGUGAUUGAAUGUGCAUUUGGUAGUCUUUAAUCUGGCUGGCGCUAUUUAUAGAAACAUUUGGAUUCCAGUGUCAUCCAAGCUGUUUGCAUUAUUGUGGCUUGCGGUGCUCUACACAAUCUUUGUGAAGCCAAAGGUGUGCCAUUUGCUCCUGAAUGAAACUGUGACAGUAAUGGAUUGCUGAAUCAAUACACUCAACUAUAAAGUGCAUCUAUCACAGCUUGGGCAGGACAGAGCUGUCACAUCCAUUAAACAGACUGGGGCAACCACCCUGGGCCCUGCACUUUGGAGGCCCUGCAUUUCAGGACGCAGAGUCCAGGGCGGCCUGGGGAGGUUAACAGGGGGCCUGGCACUGGCAGCAGUGAGCGACCUAAUCCCAGCCCACGCUGCCACCUCCUGGUGUCGGUCAGGGAAGAAAGCUGCAAAGAGGCGGAGUGGAGGUGGGAAGAGGGGGGCAGGGGCUUGGGGUAAGGGGUGGAGUGGGGGCCCCCCCUGCACACCCCUAGGGAUAGCCCUGGGGCAGGGUGUACCCAGGCAAUACCAAGCAGGGAUGCUCUGUUCUCUCACAUUACAGACUUGCAUGGGCCAAUGAAAAAAGGGAUAAUAGUACAUUUAUGAAUGUUUGUGAAAUGUUUACAGUAAAUGAGGUACUGUCUCCCUCCCUCCCCCCCAUUUCAUUAUGUAUUGUGAAAGGGAGGGUUGAUUGUCAUGCAUUGUUCCUACUGAUGACAGGACUGUUUAUGAACUGGGUCUGAGGGGAAUUGAUAGCCAUUCAUAAGUACAGUGCAUGGCAUGACUUCUUAUGAAAUGGGGAGGGGAUAUGUGGCAACAAUUGAGGAUUUAUAGUGUGGCUUGAUGUAGAGAAAUGCAUUGAGAAAUACUGUUUGUAUACAACUUUCCAGUUGUCUUUUAUCAUGUUUACCUUUUAUAAUGUGUAUAGCAAACAGUAUGAUGCGAUGCAGUGACAGCAAUAACAUUUCUUAAUAAAAUAAAAACAAAUGUUUAUUUUUGAACAUGUAUUAGAAAACAACAAUAUUAAAUCAUUGCCAGGCAGACCAGCUGCCAUUACAACACCAGUAAGAAACCAACACCAAAACCUUUAAACAAAAACAUAGUGCAUGAACAGUGCAAACAGUGAAACCAUUUCCAAAAAAUGAAUGCCCUACUGUUGCAUGUCCCUUGCCUCUCCCUCAUUCUGCUUUCCCUUCCUUUCAUGUUUAGCACAUACUUGCAUCUGUAAAUGCUUCCAUUCAGCGAUGCAAGGGUCUGCACCACAAUGGAAGCAUGAAGUGGGUGAGAGAGACUGCACGGGGUGGAUAACUACAUGGUGUAGAUUUGCUGUGCCCAGCUGCUAAGUCCCAACUGCACUGUCCACUCAACCAUGGAAUUGUCCAAACAUGGUACUGUGGAAGGGACUCAAAACAUGCUGUGGGUGCAGCAGGAGCCUGUACCAUGGCAACCACAAGCAUAAGCAUCCUAUUGAAACAGUU